UGUAUAUAUCAAACUGUUGCUGAUGCUGUUUGCUUUAUAAGUGUACAUGUUUUGUGUGCAUUAAAAAUAAAUACAUCAGACAAACAAAGUUUUAGUUGUUAAUCAACAACAUAAUGCCAUAUUAUUUCAAUGGAUUACGGUAGAUAUAUUGAAGUUCCAUCAGAAAACGUGCCAAGAACGACAGAAUAUCGUUUAAGGUUAAACAGAGUAGACUCUGAUAAUACAUCAGACGAAGAAUUCGAUCAACAUUGGCGGGAAUUAAUUCGUCGCAGUGAUAGUGAUUCAACAAACACUAGCAAUGAGGAUAGCUUCCAUGUACAUUCAUCCGUAGAAGAUGUUCAGAGCUCCAGUUACCAAAAUUCAAAUGCAUCAACAUCCACAGAAAAUGAACUUCGUGAAUUCUCUAAUAACAUACCACAUGAUGAAACUGUUGACAUUGGCAAUAAUCAUUCACCUCAGGUGUCAACAUCAUCAUCGGAACAGAACUCAUGGAUACGUGAAAAUUUACAAGAAUUCCAGGAAGAAGAUGAGGAUGAUGAAAAUGAAUAUUUUGAUGCCAAUGAAGAAUGGAUUUACAACAAUGAAUUGCAUCUGAUUGAAGAUAACAUGAAUUUCGAAAAUUUGCAACGAGAAUUAAAUAGUGAUGAAGCGCACGAAAACAUUUAUGGUUUAGCUGUAAGUAAACCAGAAGUGCUACUCGCUAUUUUAAAAUUCGGAAUGUCGUUUAACUUAUGUCAAAGCGGAAUAGCUGAUUUAUGUAAAAUGAUCAAUUGUUUUCUUGGUCAAAAAAUACUACCUGAUACUCGCUAUUUGAUUGAUAAAAUAUUUAAUGCUGAAAAUGGUAUAGACUUCCAUGCCGUUUGCCCUGAUUGUAAAAAAUACGUAAAGCAAUUUGAACGACAAUCUAAUUAUGAAGUUACGUGUCAAUUUUGUGAUAAGACAAUUCUUUUAAAAGAUCCUACGUAUAAUCAUUAUUUUGCCAUUUUCAAUCUAUUUUUUAUAGAAGAUUAA